AUGCCCACCUUUUGCCAGCUAACCUCCUGUUUUGCAAUAGUGCUGCCAUGGCUAUUGUGUAUCUCAGACUUUGCCUACGCCAACAUUUUCACCUACGGGGAUUUCAAAGAAUCCAACAUAAUACUACUAAAGGAUGCAUCCAUAUAUUCUCAGCGGGUGGUCGCCCUAACCAAUCAAACCAGGCAUUCAAUAGGCCGUGUUCUGUACCCCAACCCCAUCAAAAUAAAAGCCAGCAAUAAUUCAGUUUUACCCUUCAGCACUACCUUUGUUAUGUACAUUGGGGUUCCAUCUAAGGGCAAGGGCGGGAAUGGGAUGGCCUUUAUCAUGGCUCCUGAUAACUCUGUUGCGGGCGCCCAAGAUUCCCAGUACCUCGGAAUCGCCUCCUCUAAAACAAAUGCCGGCAGCAUAUUGGUUGGACGUGAUCAUUUUAACAAUUUCAGUCUGAAAAGUGGAGAGAAUAUCCAAGCCUGGAUCGAUUAUGAUCAUGAAGAAGAACAGCUUAAUGUGACUUUUGCAAUGUAUGGGAUGGAGAAGCCUGUCCGGCCUUUGAUAUCUGUUCCGAAAUUGAAUCUCUCUGCAGUUUUGAAGGAAGACGUGUACGUGGGGUUUUCUGCAUCGACAGGGUCUCAAGCAAUUGAAGAUCAUCAUAUUCUCGGCUGGAGCUUCAGUACAGAAGGUAAAGCCCCGACCGUAAAUCUGUCGGAUCUCCCUUCAUUGAUCAGAAAAAAGCAGACAACUAGAUCCGUAGGCUUCAUGGUUAGUGUAACUGCAGCAUCUCUGGUUUUGUUCUUUGUUGCCGUUUUCUUUGCAUUAGUUAAAAGCAGCAUCACUUAUCAACAGUUUUGGCCUCACAGAAUUCCAUACGAAGAGCUAAAAGCUACCACACAAAACUUCAGUGAUGACCAGCUGGUGGGCCUCGGGGGUUUUGGACGGGUUUACAAGGUCGUUCUCUCCAGAAGCGGAGUUGAAGUUGCAGUGAAAUGCAUCACAAGGGACUCCACUGCAGGAAUGAAGGAAUUUAUUUCAGAAAUUUCCAGUGUGGGUCGUCUCCAGCACAGAAACCUUGUUCAAUUGCGGGGCUGGUGCAGGAAAAGCAAACAGUUGUUUAUUGUUUAUGACUACAUGCCAAACGGAAGCCUGGAAAAAUUGAUAUUCCUUAACCCAGAGGCAAAAACAGAAGUACUGUGUUGGGAACGAAGAUAUGCAAUUCUGAAGGGCAUCGCUACAGGGUUGUUAUAUCUUCACGAGCAAUGGGAACGGAGGGUGGUUCAUAGAGACGUGAAAUCCAGUAAUGUGUUGCUCGAUUCAGAGCUUAAUGCAAAACUUGGAGACUUUGGGCUUGCUCGUUUAUACGACCAUACUCAAAAUCCCCAGACAACUCGAGUCGUGGGGACUGUUGGUUAUAUCGCUCCCGAAGUCACAUACACAGGAAAAGUUACUCCAAGCUCCGAUGUAUUCAGUUUUGGCGUUGUUUUACUGGAAGUUGCAUGUGGCAGGAGGCCCAUAGAUAUAGCCAAGGAUAGUGAGCAGAUUGUUAUGUUGGAUUGGGUGAAGGAUCUAUAUCGAAAUGGAAAAAUCUUGCAUGCAUCUGACCCAAAUCUUCAUGGCUUGUAUGAUGUAGAAGAAAUGGAAAGAGUACUGAAAUUGGGAUUGUUUUGUUCUCAUCCUCAACCAGAGAAAAGACUUGGCAUUAGAACAGUACUGCAAAUACUGGAGGGCGAAACUCCAUUUCCCACUCAUCAAGCUCUUUCGAUUUCUUACGAUGUGAGUUACUUAGAUUAUGCCACUGGUGUUGUUCAUGCAACCACUUCAACAAGUCAUCCAACCACUUCAACAAGCCAUGGUUUUGGGACUGAUUCUGAUCCUGAUGUAGGUAGAUUAGUUUAGAAGACGCCUUGGGCUCAUGCUUUUAUGUUUAAUUUCAACGGACUUCUACUUAUAUGGUUGUGCUUUUGUUAGCAGAAUUUCUCUGUUGUCUGGCUCCACUACUGAGCAGUCGGUGAAUCUCUGUACUUAUUCUCUUUUAAAGAUGUAGAUUAAUGUACUUAUUCUA